ACUGACCUCUGGCCCGACUCGCUACUGACCCGGCGAGUGGCAGCGCGGCCUCCCUGGACCCAGCAGUGCUCUGGUGGAGUGCCCGCCGGCAGCUAGGAUAACACUGUGAUGCUGAUGCUGUGCUGCUGGUGUCUACUGGCCGCUAUGGCCUGUAUCGCCGCUGCGGGCCCGGCCAUGGAGGGCGUGCCAUGGACGUACGCCGAGCAGCAGCUGUGGCCGCUGCGGUGGCCGGCCUGUGGCGGUCCGCGCCAGUCGCCCACCCGGCUGGACGCCCAGCUGCUGCAGCUGGGCAGCCGUCCGCGGCUCAGCUUCGCCCAGCGGCUGCACGCUGGCCGUGUGCACGCCACCAACACGGGCCACACUCUGCAGCUGCGACUGGAGGCCGGCGGCGCCGGGCGCACGGCGCCGCUGGUGACGCUGAGCGCCGAGGGCGCACCGCUGUCCGGUACCUACCGGCUGGAGCAGCUGCACUUCCACUGGGGCAACGCCAGCGGCCGCGCCGGCUCCGAGCACCAGCUGGGCAGCCGCCUGGCAGACGCCGAGGCGCACUUUGUCUUCUUCGGCAGUCAGUUCGCCAACGGCAGCGCGGCGGCCCGGCAGUCGGACGGGCUGGCCGUGCUGGCCGUGCUGCUGGAGGGGCGCGGCGCCGCUGGGCCGGACACGCUGCGCUGGCCGCCGCUGGGCCUGCAGGGCCGCCUGGCCGCGCUGGCUGCGGUGGGCAGCCGGCUGACGGUGGCGGCCGACCUGCGGCCACUGGCGGCGCUGCUGCGGCGCGCCGUCCGGUCGGUGCUGGCCUACGGCGGCAGUCUGACCACGCCGCCGUGCAGCCCGGUCGUGCGCUGGCUGGUGGCUCUGCGGCCGGCCGUGGUGCCGCGCGAACUGCUGCGGGAGCUGAGCUCCAGUCUGUACGCGGCCGGGCCCGGCCGGCAGCUGCUGCACAACAACCGGCGCUGGCUCCAAGCGCGUCACCACCGGCUGGUUGUCCAACACGUCAGCUUUGACUGAUGGUCCCGGUGACCGGCCGGCAUAACGCUACCCUAUCUGCCGCCGCCGAGAGAGAGAGAGAGAGAGAGAGAGAGAGAGAGAGAGAGAGAGAGAGAGAGAGAGAGAGAGAGAGAGAGAGAGAGAGAGAGAGAGAGAGAGAGAGAGAGAGUGAGAGAGUGAGAGAG